AUGUACCGAGAGGUGGCCAACUUGAUUGACUUCAAAAUAGAAUUCGUGAUAUGUAUGGUGUGUGGCCAGUCAAUCGAGUAUGAGGGCACUUUGGGCGAUCCUGAAGGUGGUAUGCAAGUUGGAGUGAACGUAGCUGCGAAAGAUCGAGGAUCUAUACGAGAGGAUCUCCACUGUUCACCAGCCGAACUGGUGUACGGUACAACUCUACGUCUACCCGGUGAACUAGUUUCCCCUUCUGGCGCACAGCCCGAAUCACCCGAUACAUUCGUCUCCCGUCUGAAACAACACAUGUCCGAACUUCGAGCGACACCGACCAGACGAUCAACGCGAACAGAACACAUCUCAGCCGAUCUCUCUUCCACAUCUUUCGUACUCCUGUUGACUGACGAACUGGUAGACUGA